UGUGGGGGAUCCAAGAGUGACUGGUCUUCUCUAGGGGCAGGGCUUAGGCGAACUUGAGCGAUUGGUUAUUGGGAAGGAGUCGGGUUUGAGUCCGGAUCUCAGGGCUUUACCAGGGCCUGGCGGGGAGGGGAGCCUUUGCCUGUCCAGUCGCGACCAUGUCGUUCUGCAGCUUCUUCGGAGGCGAGGUUUUCCAGAAUCACUUCGAGCCAGGUGUCUACGUGUGUGCCAAGUGUGGCUAUGAGUUAUUCUCCAGUCGCUCAAAGUACGCACACUCAUCCCCAUGGCCAGCAUUCACUGAAACCAUCCACGCAGACAGUGUGACCAAGUGCCCUGAGAAAAACCGACCGGAAGCUUUAAAGGUGUCCUGUGGCAAGUGUGGCAAUGGGUUGGGCCAUGAGUUCCUGAAUGAUGGCCCCAAGCGGGGACAAUCACGAUUCUGAAUAUUUAGCAGCUCAUUGAAGUUCAUCCCUAAAGCUCCUGCCUCCCAGGGGCACUAGGAGACAGACUGUGAAUGGCCUGCCCUGGCCAACCACUCCAGCCUCAGUCACCGUAUGAUCUGCUCUGGUUAAAUCCUUCUAUGCCAGCCAGGAUGGUGAUGACCUGUGACUUUCGAGGAGGGGAGUGGGCUGAUGCUGGGGACCCUCGGAUCCUUAUCUUCUGGCAGAGAAAACAAAACUCCAUUUCACAAUUUGCAGGCUCAUCUUGCCUCACUCUGGCUUGGGGAAGUGACUCUUGCCCUAUUAGCUAGCCAGCAUGGCAGGGACCCUCUUCUCACCACUCUGUCCAGUGUGUCCCUCCCAACUGUUCCUUAUUGUGUGUGCUUGGAAGCUCUUGACAUCUGGGAGAGUGGGUGAAGCUGAGACCAGCCCCCCUUGAUUCCUCUCUGGGGUGAUCAAGUAGAAGUCAAUAAACGGGGAGCCUGA